AUGAACGAUAAUUUGUCCUGGGCAGCCAGUGGCAAAUCUGUUCUAAUGCUCAACAUCCGCCACCUGUGGGUGCUGGGAAUUUGGGAACUGGGUGAAACCAACCUGUUUACACUACAGUCUAUCAUCGCGUUCGGGAUGGGCGCUUUCGUCAUCGCGGAUCGUGCUGUAGCUGUUUACUUCAUCUGGGGGAACUUUGAGUUAACCACGCUUGUUCUGCUCAUUACUUUCAUCGGCGGCAGUGGCGUUGUGAAAAUGGCAGUCUUCGUCUACAACAGACGGCAGUACCACUCCCUGGCUAACCAGCUAGACGAGCUGCAGUCCCUCCAACGUAGGUCCUGCUCAGAGGACCCUAACUUGGCAGCCAUUUCAGCAUCGUCCCGCCGGAAAGCUGCGCGCCUCACGAAGGGGCUGCUACUGCUCAUGCUGUCGCAGACUCUCUUGUGGAUCUCGGUGCCGCUCGUAGCCUACCCAGAGGAGAGCCGUUUGCCAUUUGUUCAGCACCAGUGGGACCACAACAACAAGUUUUAUGUGAUCUCCUAUAUCGUACAAAGCCUGUCGGCUGUCUGGGUGAGUCAGAUAAGCUUGGGUGUGGACUGCCUGUUCGCAGCCGUCAUGGUUCUUGUGGCUGCCCAGCUGGAAAUCCUCGUACACCGUCUCUCGAACGUCAGAAACGACGUGGACAUAGUGUGGAAAGAGACAGCCGUUUUGGAGAAGAAGGAGCUUGACAGCAAAUCUGAUGAAAACAUGUACGACGAAUUGCGCCUUUGUAUUAAAACUCACCAAGGUAUCCUAAGGGCGGCGACACCUUACGAUGCUAGAAUCACCCUGCCUAGGAGUCGAAUAUUGGUCCCCAGCCUGCUGAAGGAGUCUGCUGAUCCAGUUGAGAGUGCAGCUCGUGGAGUACCAAGUCCAGAAAUGAAGACAUUUUCUCCGUUGUCAGUUAAGAACUGA